GUACUGAAAUAACAAAAAAAAACUUGUAUAGUUACGGUAUUAUUUGCAGCCUGUUAAAUUUGUCGUUGCACAAAGAUGCCCCCCAAAAAGGCGCCGGCUCCGAGCAAGAAGACGGAGCAGAAGAAGAAGGAGAAAGUCAUUGAGGAUAAGACUUUUGGACUGAAGAACAAGAAAGGCACCAAGCAGCAAAAGUUUAUACAGCAAGUACAGAAGCAGGUGCAGGCCGGUGGACAUCAUCCGCGUCAGGAUGGCGACAAGCGCAAGGAGGAGAAGGAUAAGAAGUUGGCUGAUCAGCGUGAGAUGGCCAUGAUCUUCAAGCCAGUGCAGACUCAGAAAGUUGAAAAGGGCACCGAUCCCAAGUCAGUGGUGUGUGCGUUCUUCAAACAAGGCACUUGCACAAAGGGCGACAAGUGUAAAUUCUCUCACGAUCUGUCGAUGGAGAACAGGGUGGAGAAGCGCUCAAUCUAUGUGGAUAUGCGUGACAGCGAAGACGAUCCGAUGACCAACUGGGAUGAUGCCAAGCUUAAGGAAGUGAUUGACAAAAAAAUGUCUAACGAGAAGCAGCGACCAACCACUGAUAUUAUUUGCAAAUAUUUUCUGGAAGCUGUGGAAAAGUCCAAGUACGGCUGGUUCUGGGAGUGUCCGAAUGGCGAGAAGUGUAUCUAUCGCCAUGCGUUGCCGGCGGGUUAUGUGCUCAAGCGUGACAAGAAGAAGGAAGAUAAGCCUAGUGAAAUCUCGUUGGAGGAUCUGAUUGAGAAAGAGCGCGCUGCACUGGGUUCUCAACAGACACGUGUCACAUUAGAGACCUUCUUGGCCUGGAAAAAACGCAAGUUACAAGAGAAGAAAGAUAGGCUGGCCGCCGAUGAGGAGCGCAAGAAGAGCGACUAUAGCAAGGGCAAACAGUUUGGUAUUUCUGGUCGUGAAAUGUUUAGCUUCAAUCCCGAUUUGGUGGAUGACGGUCCCAUGGAGGAGGGCGAUGCAGCAUUUGACAUUUAUAAUCGCGAAGACGACGAUGACAAUGCUGUCGAAUUUAAGGAGCUCGAUCUGGCUGCGCUAUCGCUGGCUGCCCAGGAGGUAGAUGGCUCUGGCACCAUAGCAUCGAGCACAAGAUUGCUGGACCAGGCAACAGAAGCGGCAAAGACUGCAGCAGCUGAGGAUGCAGCGGCUUCGACCUCUAAUUCAGCCGACACUGAGCCCGCCAUUAAUAAAGAUCUGUUUGCAGAUAUGGAUCUUGCAGGAGAACUAGAUGAUCUGGAUCUAGACGAUGAAGACGAUUAAACAAGUCAAUGCCUUUUGUUA